AUGGACGUUCAUCUCAGCCGACCGAACAUCGUACACGCCCGCAUCUCUGGGUCAGCUGGCGUUGGGCCAACCCGACAAGGGAACCGAUUUUCUUCCACUUACACCGGCACCGCGCUUUCCUCUACUCUGGGCCUUGCAAGCUGCUUGGUAUGUUCCCGCACACAGACACGUCCGUUGCGACGGCAGCGUUCCGCACGCUGCUACUUGAGAGCGGCAAGCGAACGCCCAUGGCUCCCAGGAGUGCCGUAUCCAUCGCGAAAAGAUUUCCUCAAGAAGCAGAUAAAUCCAAGGCUGCAUGAAGAUACAUAUGAGCUAUCUGAUUCAGAGCUCUUCUGGCUCGGGCAGCGCAAGCAAGACAAUCAGCCGGAGUUUCUUCAAAGUAUGAUGGGCUCAGAGACGUUUGGAACCCGCCUGUUGUCCAAGCCGCGAAGAGACAUCCUCCAUGAACUUGAGGCUCUGAUGGAGGAGGAAGCACCGCCCGGAUUCUUUUCGCGCAUUGACGACAAGCAGCUUCUGGAUCUCUACAAUUGCCCGCCUGCUGAUCUUCCCGUUGCCAUUGAGGAACUCCAGAAGUGGUUGGAUAAUGAUGGCUCACCACGUGAUCUUUUCAAGGAAGACUUUCUAAGUCGUGACAAACUGAUGAAAAGGAGGAUCGAUUCCUCCCAGCACCAACGUUUGGACAGCUUUAGCGAUGAUUCUCUUCGUAUUCUGGCCUCCUUAAAUCGCUCACAGCAGACAGACGAGAUCUUGGAAAGGAUCGGGAAGAGCCACUUGGAGGAGAGCCGAUCUGACUUUUUGAGAAACGUCGUUGCGUAUUGCCAGAAGAACAAAGUUGAAUCUUGGAAAGUGAAGCUGGCAUACAUGGAUGAUAAUUUUGUUCGCUUUAAGCUUGGCAAGAAGAACCAGAACCAGGAGAAGUGGCAGCAGUACUUGGGCCUUUCAGAUGGUGCAUCGGCUGUGGAAGAGGAGAGGAGCAAUGACCUCGAGGACGAAUCGGAGGAAGAGACUCAGCGCAUUUGCGACCCCAAAGAUGCCAGACAGAGGCUUAAGUCAUGGCAAUGUGCACAUGGUGACGUUGUUGGCGUUUCAGCGUGUGGUUCUCUGCUGCGAGAUGGACACAUCAAGUACCUCGCUGUGUGUGCUUCCUCGGACAAGGAAGAACAGCUGGUCUUUGACCUGCAAGAGCUGGCAGGUAAGGGAAGACCGUCGCGAAAGGCUCUCUUCCAGAAGUCAGGGCCUUUGCACGUCCUCACAGAAGUGCUUGAAAGCCAGGAGAACUUGAAGAUUGUUCACCAAUCCAGUGGACUUGCAGAUGUUCUUCAGCAUGUCUACGGCGUGACGCUCUCCCACACGUUGGAUUGCGCAAUUGCCUGGGAGCAGGUAAGUGGAAGACGACAGUGUCCGGUCGAGCUCCCGGAGCUCUUCGAGACUUACAACCCGCACUUGGCCAAAGAAAUGAAGAACGCACGAAGCGCCGAUAGCUCUCCCAUGAUCCGUCGGCUACAGGCCUUGAUGGAAGCUGAUUCCUCAUCUUCAAAAUCAGAACCUCCCGCGAAAGUUGAACCAGCACUAGAGGCAGAAGUUGCUGCAGGUCUACUUGCCAUCGCUUUGGAGCUUACGCCAAAACUCGAAAAAGGUGCCUUCAAAUUCAGAGCGAAUUGCACAGAACAGUUGGAUCUAUAUCGAGCAUGGCCUGGACAGCAUUUGGGUGCAUUCGGUCUGCGUGUGAAGAAGCCCUUUUACUUUGAUGAUGAGUCAAUGAAACUCUGUGUGGGCAAGCAGAGAAGCCAAACAGGAGGAGACUCCCAGGAUGCAAGAGUCAGCGAAAGAGCCACUGACGACAUCCAAAAGCUUUAUGAUGUGCUGCCAGAAGAGUUGAGAACAUUUUUGGACCAAAGGAUUGAGACCUUGAAGGAAGACAAAGGUGAUGUAGUCGAGAUUGCCCUUGACAUUGGCCGCGAAAUGGAAGUCCGAUGGCGCUCGCUCGAGAAAGAAGGUUUGCAGAUUGAUGAUGUUGGUUGCAAAGUGACCAAAGAUCAUUUUAGCCACAUCUUGAAGCACGUCGGUGAGGAGAAGUUCAAUUAG